GGUCCCUGAUGCAUCCGCCGCCGUCCGCCGCCGCCGCUGCGAUGGAUUUCAGUCAGAACAGCCUGUUCGGCUACAUGGAGGACCUGCAGGAGCUCACCAUCAUCGAGAGGCCGGUCCGCCGAAGCCUCAAGACACCAGAAGAAAUAGAGAGAUUGACCGUUGAUGAAGACCUCAGUGAUAUUGAAAGGGCUGUUUAUCUGCUCAGUGCUGGUCAAGAUAUCCAGGGAACAAGUGUGAUUGCAAAUCUUCCAUUUUUGAUGCGACAGAAUCCUGCAGAGACACUUCGGAGAGUCUUGCCAAAAGUUAGAUGUCUUCCAAGGUCCAUGAGGAUGCAUACUUAUUUACCCAGAGAGUAUGGAUCUCACUAUGUUUGUCCAGGAGGUGUGACUCUGUGGAGGAGAAUACUUAUAGGAAGUCCUGCACGUUGCAGGAGUGGAAAUGCAGUUAACGGCCGCCGUAUCGUUUUUGACCAUUCUGCAGGAAGAAUCAGUGUCAAUUCAUACAUAUGCCCACUCCUUCCUGCAAGUCAUUCUGUUACAUCUGGAGCACAGGGAUGCAGGUGUCAGCAACGCAUGGCUGGAAACUCUUCUGUCUGUGAUAGAAGUAUUACCCAAAGAAACUCUAAGGCAUGAGAUUUUGAAUCCACUUGUUUCCAAGGCACAACUUUCUCAAACAGUCCAGUCUCGUUUCGUUAGUUGUAAAAUUUUAGGAAAAUUAACCAACAAAUUUGAUGCCCAUACCAUUAAAAGAGAAAUACUUCCCUUGGUAAAAUCACUCUGUCAAGAUGUAGAAUAUGAAGUUCGAUCUUGCAUGUGUCGGCAAUUAGAAAAUAUAGCUCAGGGCAUUGGGACAGAACUUACAAAAAGUGUGGUGCUCCCUGAAUUAAUAGAACUCUCCAGGGAUGAAGGCAGCAGUGUGCGACUUGCAGCUUUUGAAACUUUGGUUAAUCUGCUUGACAUAUUCGAUACAGAUGACAGAAGUCAAACUAUACUUCCCUUAGUGAAAUCAUUUUGUGAAAAGUCUUUCAAAGCUGAUGAGUCAAUUCUAAUUUCCUUAUCUUUUCACCUAGGAAAACUAUGCCAUGGACUAUAUGGAAUUUUUACUCCAGAUCAGCACUUGAGAUUUUUGGAGUUUUAUAAGAAACUUUGUACAUUGGGUUUGCAACAGGAAAAUGGACACAAUGAAAACCAGAUUCCUCCCCAAAUCUUAGAGCAGGAGAAGAAGUAUAUUUCUGUACGGAAGAACUGUGCUUAUAACUUUCCGGCUAUGAUUGUUUUUGUUGAUCCUAAACACUUCCACAUGGAACUCUAUUCCACGUUCUUCUGCCUGUGUCAUGACCCGGAAGUGCCAGUCAGAUACACUAUCGCUAUUUGCUUUUAUGAAGUGUCUAAACUUCUGGAUUCUGGAGUAUAUUUAAUACAUAAAGAACUAAUAACAUUAUUACAAGAUGAAUCACUGGAGGUACUAGACGCUCUUAUAGAUCAUCUUCCAGAAAUCCUGGAACUUAUGUCUAAUGGCGGAGAAAGCACUGUUCAAGAGAAUAAGUUAUCAUCUCUGCCCGAUUUGAUUCCAGCUCUCACAGCCGCUGAACAGCGAGCCGCGGCCUCUUUAAAAUGGAGAACUCAUGAGAAGCUCCUGCAGAAAUACGCCUGUCUGCCUCACAUCAUAUCAAGUGACCAGAUUUAUUAUCGCUUCUUACAAAGAAUGUUUACAAUCAUGAUGACGAACAAUGUCUUACCUGUCCAAAAGGCAGCUUCACGAACUCUAUGCAUUUUUCUACGUUAUAAUCGUAAACAAGAACAGAGAUAUGAGGUCAUUCAAAAAUUAAUUGAACAACUAGGCCAAGGAAAAAGUUACUGGAAUAGACUUCGAUUUUUGGAUACCUGUGAAUUUAUUAUAGAGAUCUUUUCCAAAUCAUUUUUCUGUAAAUAUUUCUUUCUACCUGCUAUUGAACUGACACAUGAUCCAGUAGCAAAUGUGAGAAUGAAGCUUUGCUACUUGUUACCCAAAGUAAAAUCUACUCUGAAGAUCCCUGCAGACAAGCACCUGCUUCAGCAGUUAGAGAUGUGUGUGAGAAAACUCCUGUGUCAGGAAAAGGAUAAAGACGUGCUGGCUAUGGUGAAGAGAACUGUGUUAGAGUUGGACAGAAUGGAAAUGUCUAUGGAUGCUUUUCAGAAAAAGUUUUAUGAAAAAGAUUUGUUGGAUCAAGAGAAAGAAAGAGAAGAACUACUUCUUUUGGAAAUGGAACAAUUAGAGAAAGAGAAGCAACAAAAUGAUGGACGGCCCAUGAGCGAUAAAACCUUUGAAAAGAAACGAAGAGACACGAAGACACCAACAACGCUGCCCAAGAGCAUCCCCGUCCCUGUCCCCGGGCCCUCUUCCAGUACUCCAUCGACAAGCAAAGAAAUCAAGAAAUCCAAAUUGAUUCGAAGCCAGUCUUUUAAUAAUCAAGCCUUUCAUGCAAAAUAUGGCAACUUAGACAAGUGUGCUAGUAAAAGUUCUACGGCAGCAUAUACAUCUUCUGUCUCAGGGUUAACAAAGACAUCUAUCAUUUCACUAACUGAUGAUUCAUUCCGGACUCGAAAUGCUAGUAGUGCUCCAACUUCCUUUUCUCCUAAUACUGCCCUUCCAAGCACCUCCCGUGGGACAGGUAACUCGAUUGACGCAAAGAGCAGUGGAAGUAAAGACACACAACCACGGAAGGCCACCUUAAAAUCCAGAAAAUCCAAUCCUUAAAUCGUCUGCUUGAUGAAGGAGGCAAAACGAAGACAAAGGGAAGAUGUGAUUGACAGACAAAGGCUAAAGCAAUGGCUGGGGCUUUUUUUUUUUUUUUCUUCUUCAUGAAUGGAAAAGAUACACAGCGGCAGCCGACGUUGCUAGAAGUUCCAUAUUUGAAAUUAGAUUCCCUAGGAGGUAUAAUAUACAUUUCUUAGAUAAUAAUGUGGUCACAGAAUUCCAAUGUGAUAGUGAGGUGUCAUGAAAAACAACUUUAGGCGUGUGCUUUAACUGCUGCAGCAGAAGAGACAAUCUGCCUUUAUUUGUGCAGGAAACCAUCUAUUUAAUUUUUCUAGAGUUUUAGUGUUUAAAAAUUAGAUGAAAGUCCAAAUCAACUAAAAUUGCCCUAGCUAGAUAAUCACUUGGAGGGGGGACUUGAGAGUGAGAAAUACAUUGCAUUUUCUCAUGAAUCCUCAAGCCCAGUUGGAAAGUCACACUGAAAAGGGUACAGACAACUGUCCGCAAUUUUAUCAGUCCAAUUGUGGUGACAAUCUGUUGUGUACCUGGGCAUUCUGAAAUUUAAAUUUGGCAAUGAAAAUUCCAAAGAUUUCUGAUAACUUUUAGCCACAACUACCUUAAAAAUAAUAGACUGAUGAUUUCCUUUAUUUCCUAGAAGAAUUUAUUUUAUAAAUACUUUGUUUACAUUUUAGAUUGUAUUUGUCCUUAAUUAAAAAUGAUGAAUCUAGUUUGAAUCAGCUGUUAUUCCAAGCUAUCAUGCUUAAGCUAUGUCAACAGCAUUUAUUUGUACUAAUGCUAAUAUUUCCAUCAAAAUUUGCCUGUGGAACAUAUACAGUUAUUAAUUUUAAAAUGUCGGUUCUUGAGAUAUACUGUAUGAAGCUAUUGUCAGCUUCUCUAUUUGAAAAUGCAAUCAGCAUAUAACUAUAUUGAUAUUAGAAAAUAUUUGUUUUUUAAAAUAUAUUGAUGUAUGAUAAAGAUGAUCUAAUUUGUGAAUGCAUAUGCGUGUGUGGUUACUUUUUAUAAUGUGAAAUAAUGAAUAAUGAAUUUACUCAAAAUAAAACAUAGGUUAACGAGAU